CCUUCUUGAAUCUCUCUCUCUCUCUCACUCUCAGAGUCUCUCUAAUGGCGACCUUCUUGCGAUUCCCUUCACCGACUACGAUCCCUAGAGAUGGAUCCUUUCUCUCUUCUUCUCUAGUGCCUCUCCAAAACCCUAGCUCUCAUUCCUUUUUGCCGAGUUUUUCAUCCAUUCCAGCGCCAGAUGCCCACCGACUCUGUCUCAAAGCGCAGGCAGCGAGUGGCGCAGUCCAUGGCCACUCUGAUAGAAAUGUUUCAGAUUUAGUGGAAAGGCCAUGGAAAACCAAUGAUGCUAGGCUUGUGCUUGAAGAUGGUUCCAUUUGGAGGGCCAAGUCAUUUGGUGCUUCAGGCACCCAAGUUGGGGAAGUGGUGUUUAAUACAUCUCUGACCGGAUAUCAGGAAAUAUUAACAGAUCCUAGCUAUGCUGGCCAGUUUGUGCUGAUGACAAAUCCUCAUAUUGGAAACACUGGUGUCAAUCCUGAUGAUGAGGAAUCAAGGCAGUGCUUUCUUGCUGGCUUAGUUAUCAGAAGCCUGAGUAUCUGUACUUCAAACUGGCGAUGCAGAGAAUCACUUGGUGAGUACUUGGCAAAAAGAAACAUCAUGGGCAUAUAUGACGUGGACACACGUGCGAUAACCCGUAGAUUAAGGCAAGAUGGAAGCCUCAUUGGUGUCCUAAGUACUGAAGAAUCCCUCACUGAUGAGCACCUAUUAGAUUUGGCCCGUAAAUGGAAAAUUGUCGGUGUUGAUCUGAUUACUGGUGUCUCAUGUGAUGCUCCGUAUGAAUGGAUAGAGAAAACCAAUACAGAAUGGGAAUUCAAUAAAGAAUGUAGCCACUCUGAAAAUUUCCAUGUUGUUGCAUAUGAUUUUGGAAUCAAGCAUAAUAUUUUGAGGCGCUUGGCAGCAUAUGGAUGCAGAAUUACAGUUGUUCCUUCGACUUGGCCUGCUUCGGAGACUCUGAAUCUGAAGCCUGAUGGUGUUCUUUUCAGUAAUGGUCCUGGUGAUCCAGCUGCCGUUCCUUAUGCCGUUCAAACAGUUAAGGAAAUAAUUGGGAAGGUUCCAGUCUUUGGAAUUUGUAUGGGCCACCAGUUGAUUGGCCAGGCAUUGGGCGGUAGGACUUUUAAGAUGAAGUUUGGUCAUCAUGGUGGAAAUCAUCCUGUUGGUAACCAUGUGAAUGGACGUGUUGAGAUUAGUGCCCAGAAUCACAAUUAUGCAGUGGACCCUGCAUCACUUCCUGCUGGUGUUGAAGUAACACAUAGAAAUCUGAAUGACAACAGCUGUGCUGGUCUUGCCUGUCGUGAGCUUAACCUCAUUUCUCUUCAAUACCAUCCAGAGUCAUCUCCAGGGCCACAUGAUUCUGAUCCUGCUUUCAAGGAAUUUAUUCAGCUAAUGAAGGCAAACAAAGCAUGAGUUACACCACCUCAUUCUCUUUGUCCAAACUGAUGAGUGUUAUAGAACAUAAACCUUCAGACAUGAUCAAGGUUCUCUCAUCCAUCAGUGUGCUCUGUCUUCAUGCAUUUCCCUUUUAUCAUAUACCAGUUAUUGCAAUGCCUCUCUGUUUCUCCAUGCAAGUUUUGUUUCUCAUUGAAUUCAUAUGCAGAAGAUGUUGUUUUUUGAAUUUAUAA